GCACAGGGAAAUGCUGUUUAUUUGUAAUUUUACACAAAAUGGUAAGGUGAAAUGUUUAAGACAAUAUAUAAUUAGUAAUGUCUGUUAAUUAUGUAUUAUGUUAUGUUUUCAGAUUUGUGUACAGGAACCAAUGGACAACCUGACAUUCACAAACAGCAUUCUCCUUGUGGAGGGACUGAAAGUUACACCUCAGUCAUCUCAGCCUGUUUUCAUUCUCCUUCUCUUGACUUAUGUCUUUACAAUGGUAUCAAACAUUGGACUUAUAUUUCUGAUCUCAACAGAGAAGAAUCUGCAUGACCCAAUGCAUUUUCUGUUCUGCAACUUGCCACUGAAUGACAUACUAGGAACCACUGUCAUUAUGCCACGCUUGCUGCAGGAUAUUUUAAGGGACACCUCAGAGCGCUAUAUAUCAUAUGCAGAGUGUGUUAUUCAAGCUUAUUUUGUGCAUGUAUUUACAGUAGUAUGUCACUAUGUGCUGAUGAUCAUGGCCUUUGACAGAUAUGUGGCUAUAUGUAAUCCAUUGCGAUACACAUCUAUAAUGACCAAUAAAAUGGUUAUUAAAUUAUCAGCAUUUGCUUGGGGCCUGGCAAUUCUUUUAGUGACAAUUAUGAUAGGACUCACUCUGCGUCUGUCUCGCUGUAGGUAUAAAAUUGAAAACCCUUUCUGUGACAAUGCCACACUGUUUAAACUGUCCUGUGAAAAUGUAGUCAUAAAUAAUGUGUUUGGACUUGUUUAUACUGUCGUUGUACUCAGUCUGUCGGCGAUGUGUAUUUUCAUAACAUAUGUCAAGAUUGCUACUGUAUGCAUAACCAGCAAAAACAAAGCACUCAACAGCAAAGCCAUAAAAACCUGCAGCACUCAUUUAGCUGUUUAUUUAAUCAUGUGUGUUUCUGGAGCUACUUUUAUUUUACUUCAUCGUUUUCCUGAAUACUCUGACAGCAGGAAGCUAGCUAGUAUACUGUUUCACAUUGUACCACCGGGAUUAAAUCCCUUAGUAUAUGGUUUACAAACCAAAGAGAUAAGACAAAAGAUUGUAAAACACUGGUGUAGAAAAAAGUGAAUUCCUCAAUGGAUAAUGUAUCUUCAUAA